AUGAAUAACAUCUUUUCGGUGGCCACGACAACGAAUGGAGCCAAUUUGCCAAUUCUUUACUCUCCAAUCAGUAGUAUUGUUUAUGGAUUACGAUUGAACACUCAAGCCACGUCUGGGCAGGCUAAUUUAAUGAUUUCACUCGAUGCAAAUUCUUUGUAUUUAUCAAGAGACAACCAAUAUGAAAUCUUGUUUAAGCAUGGAUCCAUUCCAACAGAUACGGAUUAUGAUGUGAAAUCUCCUGUGUUACGAAAUGACGCCAAGUAUCCCUAUCAGAAAUUUGUAACAAGAUUUAUUUAUGGACAAAAUGUUAUACUGAGCUAUGUGAUGGAUAACACUUAUUAUACAAAUGCAGACAUGAGAAAGAGCUUUCCUUCAUCCAUGUAUUCGAGUAAGGUCGUUUCUGAUGGUAGUAACUUUUCCAAUGGGAUUGUGUAUUUCCUUAUUAAGGCGACACCAAUUUCUGAAAACAUGUGCAUUUCUGAAUCAAAUCUCGAUAUUCCAAAUAGCUACAUUGUUGGUGAAUACCAAUACAGCUCUUCAUUGAUGAUCACAGAAGGAUCAUACAAAAAGAUCAAUAGUCAAGUCAUGGCUCUUGACCUCUCCAAAAAAGACUUGCCUCCAAACUCUGAAGUUGUUGCAGAUUUCAAUCAAGAAACUGCCACUACUAUUUUUUCCUCCAAUCCAUCCAUUCUCUAUUACAAUGCGAAAACCAAAGCCGUACAGUCGAGCUCUGACAAUGACAACAAUUCAGGAACUUCCUCUACUCAAAUGGCUUUCCAUAAUUUGACCUAUUUACCUUUUGGACCUCCAUUCAAAACCGUAUACUAUUCAUUCAAGUACACCAUUCGAAUGAAAAUUGAAAACGACAAUAAUGCAAAGAAUUCUCAGUUUUUCAUCUUAUUCCCAGUGUCACUCAAUGGAUUUUUGUCUCCUGCGAAUAAUUACGAUGCCAUGGUUGGUGUGAAUUCGAAAUAUGAUCCAAAUAAGUAUUUCAUUGAUUUAAUUUCACCCACGAUCAUUGUAGGUUCCAUAUUUGGAGCAUUUUUAGCAUUGAUUGCCAUUGGAUACUUGAUUGCUGCAUGUGCAUUCGUAAUGACCUCUCAAAAACGAGAAUUCAAUUUGGGAACGUUGAAACCAAAAAUUUGGCUUGCGUGUCUCUUCCCUGCUUCAAUUCCUGUUUCAAUUUGUUACGUGUACUUUUUCCUUUAUGAAGGAAGAAAGAAUAUUUUAGCUCCUCCAGAAAUUAAGAGACGUCGUCGAGUCAGGUUUUUAAUUACCUUCUCAAUAAUUUCGUUUGUCAUUGGAGUUUUGGCAUGUGCAUACUUUUUUGGACGACUAUUUUUCAUUCAUGCACAAUCGGUGGCAAGCGCCAAUAGUCGAGAGUACGUGUUGGGAAAAAAGACACCAAAGUCUGAAAGUUUUUCACCUCCAAUUUACACUCCAAAACUCAUGCCAUGUUGUUCAGCGACACGUCCCUCCACAGACGGAAAAGACGCCCAAUCUUUUACUUAUUUUGGUACUUCUCAAGCAUUUUUCAGUCAAAAAUAUGGAGGUCGUCUGGAUUGUGCACCUCCUCAAUGGUUUAUGGAUUCUGAGCUUGGCACUAAAUUCGUUCUACAAUCCAUUGAUGGUCUUCCCUAUGUACCUCCUGAACAUGAUCCAGCUAUUGCAGCAGCAAAUUCAAAGAAUGGAAGGAGUAGCACAUUCGAAAUGGCAACGACAUACUGUAUGGCCAAUUCAGUGAUCCUCAUGCCAGUCGAUGAUGAUUUUAAUGCAUAUGGAAUUCCUGGAGUAUUGUUUGGAAUUGGACCAAUUUUGUAUGCCUUCUUUUUAAUGUCGAUUGUUGUCUUUGAAAGUUUCAUGAAGAAAUCAAGUAGUAAUGGAACGACAAUUCAAAAUUAUGUGAUUGGUCAACCUCCAACAAAUGGUUAUGGAGAAAAUGAAACCAAUGAGGACAAGACUACAUUACUGAUCGAUGAUGAAGCACGAAAUAGUAUUUAUGCAGUACAUCCAUCGGCUCCUCUCACAUAUGAUAAUACCAUGACCGCAGAGCCAUAUUAUGGAAAUGUGCAAAACAAUUCAGAAGCAGAAGAAUAUCGUGAACCACCAGCACAACAGUCGACAAGUCAGUUCAUGACGAAAGAAUGA